AUGCCUGCCGUUUGCCAACGCGCCAUGGCCAAUCAGCUGCCGCUCACCCCUCCUGACUCUGGGUCCGGGUACGGAUACAGUUCGAUGCACUACGCUCAAGAUUCCUAUGCGCCACAUCAGACCAUGAGCCGGAACCGUCACGACAACAACUACGACUACCAGCAGUCAUACAUGCAACAGUCGUUGGUCGGGCAAGCGCCCCCGCAGACAGCGUAUCAGUAUCCGCAAACCGCCUACCCAUCAGCCAACGGCCUGCCACCCAUCACAAACUACUACGAACCCAUCGGUGCUCCCAUCCUUCCGCCGCUGCGCAUCCAGGAUACGGUGUCGUUCUCUGAUGACUAUCAGCGCCGACUUCACCAGGAACAGCAGACGGCCGCAGCACGUGAACGGCAAUGGCCCGCUGCAAAGGAGGAGAAGCCUACGGGUGGCGUGUCUGCGAAACUUGAUUAUGAGAUGGAACGCAUGACGGACUUUGUGACGGAGGCUACCCAGUCAAUCUUCCAGCAUACCAUGCAAAACCCGCCUUCGUUUCGGAAGUGGGUCAACCAAGUCCUCUCCGCGACGCGACUCCCUUCGGCAACCAUCCUGCUCAGCCUGCAUCUCCUCAACGAUCGUGUGGUCAAGAACCCCGACUCCGUCACGCCGGGCGAAAAUCAGAUCUACCGCUUGCUCGCCGUGUCGCUUAUCCUUGGCAGCAAGUUCCUGGACGACAACACCUUCAUCAAUCGGUCAUGGUCCGACGUCACCGCCAUCAAGGUCACCGAGCUGAACUUGAUGGAGAUGGCCUGGCUGAAGCUGAUCCAAUACCACUUGCACAUCGAUCCCCGCGCGCAGAACGGUCUUCACACGUGGCUCGAUGCAUGGAAACAAUACGAGGCAAAGCACGCCGCGAAGCAGCAGCAGGCGGCCAGACUGUCGCCUCUCAACGCGAAUGCCUACCGCACUCCUGCCAACCGCGAACGCUUCUCGCCGUACCCCACUCCGUACAACGGCACCCCCAAUCAGGCAUACACGCCAACGACAUCCCGCUCUUCCCAGUUCGGACCAUCGCCCUACGUCGCGGCCGACCCAUGGGGCCAAAGCAACCAGCACCCGUUCGACGACUUCUACAAGCGUCAACGUCGCUGGCCUACUCUGACCGAGAUUGACGACGUCAAUCGGAGACUGUCUGCAGAACGUGCCCGACAGUCUGCACUUGCCUACCAACAGCAAGCGGCCCAGGCGUCUUACUACAACUCUCCAAGCUACGGCUCCGCAUGGGACCAGCAGGCGUGGAAUGGCGCACACCGAUACGACUGCGGUUGUUCUUCGUGCACCUACCACCAUCGCUACCCCAUGUCAUCCGGCUAUACUGCUCAGGCCGUCAUGGGCUAG